AUGCCUGGCUACGGACCGUCUCAAGUAAAGUGUGAACCGCCGUCUGACGAAGAAGACAAUUCGCAAUUUGGAAAACACUAUAAUACGGAACUACAUCCUAUAAAAUUAGACCCAGAUUCACAAUUCGAGGAUAAUGUUGCGACACAUUUAUUGGAUCAAUUACAGUUCACCUCGGAGCUGGUACCAGUGCCCGCUGCUCCAACAGCAACACCAGUCCGGGAGGACCUGCCAGCACCCCACGAAACCUCCCUUGCAAUGUUGCAACCAGCUAAGAAUACUACAUUGGGAUCGGCGUUAAUUGAUAAGCAUUUGUCUAUGUCAAGUACAAAUGAAAUCCUGGAUUCAUCUGAUUUUGCUCCUCUUCUGUCUAUCAAAGAUGAACCGCUAUCUGAAGGAGAGAGUCAGCAAUUAAGUGGUGAUGAGACUAGUGAAUGCAGUAGUACUCCAGAAGUGAGCAGCAGAGGUGCCCCAAAGACGUGGUCUCAGAAGGACAUGGAAAAAGCUUUAGAUGCGUUGAAAAAUCACAACAUGAGCCUAACUAAAGCUUCUGCAACAUACGGCAUACCAUCUACGACACUAUGGCAGCGCGCCCAUCGCUUGGGAAUCGAUACUCCGAAGAAGGAAGGAGCGUCUAAAACGUGGAGUGAAGAGGACCUAAAGGGAGCUCUGCAUGCUUUGCGGACUGGGGCUAUAUCGGCUAAUAAAGCUAGCAAAGCUUAUGGCAUCCCCAGCAGCACGCUGUACAAGAUAGCGCGGCGCGAGGGCAUCCGGCUGGCCGCGCCGUUCAACGCGGCGCCGACCGCGUGGCGCCGCGCCGACCUGCAGCGCGCGCUCGACGCCAUCCGCUGCGGCGCCGCCUCCGUGCAGCGCGCCGCCUCGCGCUACGGGAUACCCACCGGCACUCUCUACGGACGGUGCAAGCGCGAAGGCAUCGAGCUCUCCCGCUCCAACCCCACGCCCUGGUCAGAAGAUGCGAUGGGAGAAGCACUGGAAGCUGUCAGAGUGGGUCAGAUGUCAAUAAACCAGGCAGCCAUACAUUACAACCUUCCGUACUCCUCGCUGUACGGCCGCUUCAAGCGCUGCAAGUAUCAGGUCUUGCAAGAACCACAAGCACUACCAGAGAAUAAACCAGAAGAGCGGCCUGAGAGGCAACACCAAGAGUUCCAUUACCCAGUGCCUCUUAACUACGAUUCCGAGUAUAUGGGAGAAGUGUCCUCAAUGCAAAGCCUGCAGGAACAUUACAGCCAAGCUAUGUACUACGCGCAAUGCAAUGUUACCAGCUGAGCCGUGACUCCCCAUUAUUGUGGGGAACAAUGACAGCGUGGAUAUUGAAUAUUGUUUUUUUUUGGUUAGAU